GGCAGGGCCUCGCAUUAUUUUCUGAGCAGCCACAUGAGGGGAAAUCGCACAAGUCGAAGCUCAGGCUUUCGAGAGGAGUCCAGGGCCCUGCUGGGGCAGAGUAGUUUGCCCAAAAGAUCGAUGGCAGUUGACCGUAGCCAUUUCGGCUCAAACCAUCUUGGCUGAAGCAGCCCAGGCCUGGAUUCGGGCGGUAGCUGUUCAUUUUCGUGGUGUUGCUUGCAGAAUCAACUUUUUGCAAUGGCAGCAGAGCUUCUUUCAAAGUUGGUCGGAUUUUCAAUGGCAUCAUCUACUGAGCCUGGUGCCGAGUGUGCUGACUUGGACAUUCAGGGUGAGUUGCUGAGGGUGGGUAUCCUUUAUGCGAUCGAUCUCGGUAGUUUCAUUUGGAUGGGCUUGAUUGCUUGUGAUUGCAUCAUGGACAUUUCAGGCUUUCUUUUUUAUCUCUGGUGGUUGGGAGUCGGCAUAUAUAUGCACAAGAGCAGAUGGUUGCACUGGUGAUUCCAUGUUACAACAAGUUCGCAGGUACAGUGGAAACCGACUUCUGGUAUUUCGCAUCGCUUGUCACCCUCAUUGUCAACAGCAUUGCAUGUUUGACGCUGUUUAUUGUGUUUUUGAACGAACUGUGUUCUCGUCGUCGCCUUCGUUUCCCUUUCACCUUGGUCAUUCUGAUAGCAGGGUGUUUGUUCUUAUGUGAUGGGCUCUUUGCAGGCGUGGGUGGUUGGAAAACUAUCGUGAAGACAUUGUUCACGGGCGAUCUUGAAGGUAAGUUUCCAAGUAGCUUCCCUCCGUAUGCAGUGCUCGCGUAUGGUUUGGCAAUGCUACACGUUGCCAUGUUCGUGAAGAUGUUCAAGGAUCAAGCCAGUGGAAAUGGACCUUUUGCACCUGAUGUUGUCGAUAUCGAUGCGGCGACUAUAAACGAUCUUAUACGAGGCAGGGAUGAUAUUGAAAGGUCUACUCGUCAGAAUGUACGCAACGUAUCUCGUGCUCAGCGGGUGCUGUCUCAUGUCAACUAGGCAGCUUUCUCCACAAUGUCACCUUCAUUUUAUGGCAGACUUGCUUUACCAAUUCUACGGCUGUCCACGCUGUGGCAGCCCCUUGAGAGGGAAUCAAUAUGGCACGAAGUGCAUAGGCUGUGACUACCAUUUUGCGUUAGUCUUAUAAGCAACUCUGUCAUCAGGCCGACGCAGCACUUGACGGACCAAGUCCUGCAUUUGAUAAUCUGAUUAUUUAGGCUUACGCCACACCGCCGACCCCUUGUUUUUUUUGUUGAGGCA